GAGCUUGGGAAGGAGGUGGAUUUCCCACUUCCGUCCCAGUUGCUUACGAUUUGGGUCUGCACCGGAAGUGCCUGUGCAGCAGAUGUGGUACCAACUGAGUGCUGUUUCGGUCGCUCUCCCAUCUUUCCCCGGCUGGGUAUUUGCGUCGCACCAUGGCGCCCAAGGGCAAAGUGGGCACGAGAGGGAAGAAGCAGAUAUUUGAGGAGAACAAAGAGACCUUGAAGUUCUACCUGCGAAUCAUACUGGGGGCCAAUGCCAUUUACUGUCUUGUCACCCUGGUCUUCUUCUACUCAUCUGCUUCAUUUUGGGCCUGGAUGGCCCUGGGCUUUAGUCUGGCAGUAUACGGAGCCAGCUACCACUCUAUGAGCUCGAUGGCAAGGGCAGCCUUCUCUGAGGAUGGGGCCCUGAUGGAUGGUGGAAUGGAUCUCAACAUGGAGCAGGGCAUGGCAGAGCACCUUAAAGAUGUGAUCCUACUGACAGCUAUUGUGCAGGUGCUCAGCUGCUUCUCCCUCUACAUCUGGUCCUUCUGGCUUCUGGCGCCGGGGAGAGCCCUUUACCUCCUGUGGGUCAAUGUACUGGGCCCUUGGUUUACAGCAGACAGUGGCGCCCCAGCACCAGAGCACAACGAGAAACGGCAGCGCCGACAGGAGCGGCGGCAGAUGAAGCGGUUAUAGCCACUGACGUUGUGGCUACAGGUUUCUGGGCCCCGGGUGGCUCUAUCAGGCUACAUGGCCCCCAUGCCAGGAGCAAUGAGGGCCUAGUCCAAGGGCCAAAGGCAGUCUAAGGUAUAGGAUUGGUGAAUAAAUGGCUUACAAUGUGGAUAA